GUCCACGGGGACGCUGGACACUACUGGCACGGGAUGCACUGUGCUGCAGUGCUGGGUGCUGCACGGGCAGCCUCCACUGCUCCUCUCCUCUGGGCUCGGCUCCUGCGGAUGGCAAGGCGCACCAUGGCCACCAGCCCGCUCUGCGUCCCCCCGCCCCAGGGGCUGCUCCGGCCCCUGGCCGUGCCAGAGAGGCUGCUGCUUGGGCCAGGGCCCAGCAAUGUGCCCCCCCGCAUCCUGGCUGCAGGCAGCCAGCAGCUCCUGGGCCACAUGCACCCUGAGGUGCUGCAGGUGAUGGACGAGAUCAAGGCGGGCAUCCAGUACGCCUUCCAGACACAGAACCGGCUGACCCUGGCCAUCAGUGGCACCGGCCACUGUGCCAUGGAAGCUGCCCUCCUCAACCUCCUGGAGCAUGGUGACACCGCGCUGGUGGCCGUCAACGGCAUCUGGGGACAACGUGCUGCCGACAUCACCAGGAGGCUGGGAGCCAAUGUCCAUGAGCUGCUGAAGCCCCCAGGCGAGUACUUCACUCCGUGGGACAUCGAGGAGGGCCUGGCACGGCACAAGCCCUCAGUGUUCUUCAUCACCCACGGGGAGUCCUCCACGGGGGUGCUACAGCCGCUGGAGGGGCUGGGCAAGUUGUGUCACCGGCAUGGCUGCCUGCUGCUCGUGGACGCGGUGGCAUCCCUUGGGGGAUCCCCCAUCUUCAUGGACCAGCAGGAGAUUGACGUCCUAUACUCGGGGUCUCAGAAGGUCCUCAACGCCCCCCCCGGCAGUGCCCCCAUCUCGUUCAGUGAGGGAGCCAGGGAGAAGAUGCUGAGGAGGAAGACAAAGCCCCUGUCCUUCUACCUGGACAUGGGCUGGCUGGGAAACUACUGGGGCUGUGAUGGGGAGCCGCGAAGGUACCACCAUACAGCACCAAUCAACAGCUUCUUCAGCCUGCGGGAAGGCUUGGCCAUGCUGGCAGAGCUGGGUCUGGAGAGCUCUUGGGAGUGCCACCGGGCUAACUGUGCCAAGCUGUGCCAGGGGCUGCGUGACCUGGGGCUUGAGCUCUUCGUGAAGGAGGAGAAGGUGAGACUUCCCACCGUCACCACCGUCAGGGUGCCUGAGGGCUACAACUGGAAGGACAUUGUAGCCUUUCUCAUGGACAACCACGCCAUUGAGAUCGCCGGGGGCCUGGGUGCCUCGGUGGGCCAGGUCCUGCGAAUCGGCCUCAUGGGCUGCAACUCGACCAGCAGCAACGUGGACCGUGUGCUGAGCGCCCUGCGAGACGCCCUCCGGUGCUGCCAACGCAGCAGGCUCUGAGCACCCCUGCAAAGGGGGGUUCCGGAUGAGGCGGUGUGGCGCUCCCCCCCAUGCCCGGCUGCAGGCAGCUGGCAGGCAGAGGGGCUCCCCUACCUCUCCCGGAUACUGCCAGGAAACACUGCAACACCCAGCAACCCGAGCCAGAGCAGGAAGGAGAAGCUGGAAGAGCGGGGGACAUCGAGGUGAGGGCUGCAGCUCUGCAAACAAGGGACAUGGCUCAAAACCCCUUCUCCCAGUCCCCGCGCAGGGUCACUCCUCACCCUGAUGGCCUGACCCCCCAGCUCCUCCCUUUCCCCUGGCCCCGGGGCAUGACAGCCCCACUGCAAGCUGACAAGAGGGCUCAAUGUAGGAUCUGACCACAGGUCCUUUCCCCUCCCACCACCAUCACCCUCAGCCAUCCCUGCACCAGAGCCCAGCAGCACAGGGUGCCAGCCAUCCCCCCCCAGAUUAGGUAUCCUGGGAUGAAACACCCGCCCCAGCGCCCGGCUCUACUAGGGGAGCUGAGAGGCCGUGCAUCCCCACCCAGCUGCAGCAGACAUGCACUCGCUCCCCGGUACCAUCUUUCCUCAAUAAAGCAACUUGGCAGCA